UAAAUAACAAGUUUUAUGAUAUUGAUAUAUCUAUUGAAACCUGCACUUGUAUAGCUGCUCUUGGAGGAUCUCUAUGCAAACAUCAAGCAGCAGUUGCUAUUCAAUACCAUAUAGAGUCUUUUAAUUUUAUUCCUGCACUUUCUCUUAAUGAUUGUGCACUUUAUCGAUAUAUUGCAUGUG